GAUAAAUGACGUGCAGAAUCGUGUGGCGUCCAGUUUCCUGACGAACAAGAUGGGACGAGUGCAGCACGCACUCAAUGCCCAGCGGUUUCGCUAUGCCUUCGCAUGCGGCGAAAAUCGCCCGCUGGCUGCUCUGCAGCGAUAUCCAUUUCAGACACAAGGACCUCGACCGCGUGCGGGUCACGGCGGACUGGAUCGUGGCCAAGGCUGAGCAGCACCAGGUGCAGCGCGCCGUGAUCUGCGGCGAUCUGCUGACAAGCCGGACGAUGCAGCCAACGCACGUAUUGUCGGCCUGCUAUCGCUUUAUUGGCAAUCUUAGCGACGCGGUGCCCCACGUCAAUAUCUUGCUCGGCAACCAUGACCUGGCCUACCGUAGGGACUACCACACCACCGCCCUCGACGCGCACCGCAUGCGGCGGCUAUCUCCCUUCAUCUCCCUACAUAGCAAUAUCGAACGCCAUGUCUGGGAUGGCCGGCGCGUGUUGCUUCUGCCCUUCCGCGAGGAGCAGGACGAGCUUACUGCCGCCGUGGACGCGCUGGAUCCGACGGAGGCGGGGGAGACUGUGGCUUUUGCCCAUCUGGCCAUCCACAAGGCCAUUCUGCAGCGGCAUAUCGUGCGAAGCACUCCCGAAACUACGCCCUCAUAUCCCGCCAGGUACCGAGGACUAACUGGCCCAGGCCGCUUCGCUUCGCUGGCGCGGACAUUUACUGGCCAUUUCCACAGCCACCAGAUUAUUCGCCAACCACAGCAAGCUGCCAGCGCGGACCCUCUCCAGGGCAGCUUAAUGUAUCUCGGCUCGCCACUGCAGAUGAGCUGGGCUGAUUUGAAUGACGAGCAGCGAGGUGUUGUUCUGCUAGAUCCCAGCACCCUCGCAUGCGAAAUGCUAGUCAACCCAUAUGCCCCAGUGUACGCUACUAUCGAUGUGAAGGACGCCCUUGGUGGUACUGCCAGUAUGGAGGUCGUGACAGGGAAGCACGUCAUGCUCCUCGGCGAGAUGUCCCGCUUCAAAUACGCCACCGCCCGCGAUAACUUGCUCACCCUUGGCGCGCGCAGUGUGCGAGACUGGAGUCCCAUGGGCCCGGUCAAUGGUGGCAAUCGAGCGUCCGGCGGUUUGGGCGCAUCCAUACCAGAGAGCGAUGCGGCCAUUCAAGAACUGGAACAGCCAGCCGAGGACUUGGUCGCAAGAGAUACAGAGAGCGGCGUGCCGGCCCCAUCGCCAACAGAGAUAGCAGAACCCACUCAACAACUUGAUCUUGGUGCUGAAGUGGGGGAAUACAUCGAUUCCAUAUCCUUGGAUCCAUCCCUCGAGCCAAGGCGAAAGCAGCUGACCCAAACCGGCCAACGUCUCAUCCAUGCCUCGAGCGCCGUCACAGACGAGGACGUCGAACUGGAAUUGGACCUUCGCGACUUCCUGGGGCCAGGGGACAAGUCCAAACCUGUGAGACUGCCGGAAUCGGAGGCGCUGGCAAGACCUUCUGCCAAUGUUUUUGUUGCAGAGCCCCAGUCUCUCGUCAUCAAAAACUUCCUGGGUGUGCAAGGGGUCCUCACCGUCGACUUCAAGCGAGAUUUGCCGCGAGGGCUGAUCUUUCUGGUGGGCGCAAAUGGUUCUGGCAAAAGCACUAUCGUCGAGGCCAUGGUUUGGUGCCAGUUUGGGAAGUGCAUCCGAAGUAGCUUGGGAGCCAACGAUGUCGUCAACGACACGGCGGGCAAGGACUGCUCCGUCAGUUUGUCAUUCUCCAACGGCUACACGAUCACACGGUACCGCAAGGACAAGUCGUUCAAAAACGAUGUGGUGGUGUCUCUGUAUGGCGAGCCAAUGUGGCAGAUGCAGCACCCCGAUGCGCGCACGACCCAAGCGGCCAUCGAUGAGCUGCUCGGGAUCGACUGCGACACAUAUGUCAGGUCUGUCGUUUUAGGCCACGAGAGUGCAACAAGCUUCCUGAACGCGACUCCCACACAACGACGAGACAUUAUCGAGCAAUCCCUGGGCCUAUCCACACUGGAGCGCUGUGCACAAAUGUCAAGGCUUAUCCUGAAGGAGCUCGACCGGCAGAUGGGCGACAUUCAGAUAAAGCUUGUGGGUGUCGCCAAUGUCAAGGACUCCAACAAACGCGAGCUGGGAAAUUUGGAGCAGUCACAAAAGGCACUUACUCUAGAGGUGGAGAGCGUCGCCCAGGCAUUGAGUGCUGCGGCACAGCGGCAUGCCGUGAUUUUCGCAAAGGUCAUGCAGCAAAAAGCCGACACAGCUGCAUUCACCAAGCUGAUGGAGUCCAGCCGGAGUGGGCUGAAGCAUCUGGAGCUGUCACGGGAGGAGCUCGCAUCGGAGGCAGGGAAAGUGACCAAGGCAUUGAAUGCGGCGAUUCAGCGACACGCCCUGGCCCUUAAGCGCGCAGAAGAGGACGGCGGAGCAGAGAUUCGAGCCUUGGCUCCAUACAUCGCAGAAGUUGACGGGCGGAUUGCCGCCGCCUCCCAGAACUCGCAGCACUUGUUCAAAGAGUCCAAUUUGGCCGAGCUUUGCAUUGCCUUCCAUGCUGAAAUGUCGACGUCGCUGUCCCGCCUUUCUUCGGCCAAGGAGGGCCUGGAACAGCUCCAGGACCUGUACCGUCAUCUGUCGAGCCAGAAAGCAGCUAGGCCGAAACCUUGGUGGGAACGAGAGGAGCAGCGCUGUCUGCACAAGCUCGACGUCUUAUUGUCGACGCGCCCAGUUGGCUUGCCGAAGAUCAUGUCUUCCGCGACCAGCUUAUUCCUCCACCUCCAACUGCAUGCUCUUCGAGCGUGGGCCGCUUUUGCCACCUUCCUUCAAAAGGAUGAUGGACGCCAGGAGCUCGAAGCUGCCGUGACCGCUGUCGGCUCAAACGUAAAGCAUGCUGCCAACAAUGUUUUGGAGCUCCAGUUUAACGCCGACACGGCUCCCGUCGCCGACAGAGUGGCGACUUCCCGUCGCAUCGACAGGGAAGAGGUGGAGCGGGCAGCCACAAUGCCGUUGGAAACCGCCAGGACAGCAAACGAACGUCUUGACCGGGCCAUCCAGACGAAAGAGAAGCUGCGGCGGGAGCGGGAAGUGCUACUCGCUCGCGUGAGGGAACAGGAGCAGAGGCUACAGCGCGAGCGCGAGGCGCUGAUUGCUCAGGCCAGAGAAGAGGAACAGCGACUGCAACGUCAGCAUGAGGCACUGCUUGCCCGGGUUAUGGAGCAGGGAGAGAAGCUUCGGCGCCAGCGAGAGGCAUUGCUCGAUCAGGAGAAGGAACACGAACAAAAGAUUCAGCGUCAGCAACAGGCAUUGGAUGCUCAGGUUAGGGAAAUGGAGCAACUGCAGGCAAAAGUGGAAGGCAAGAAGAGGGAGGCGGCAAUCUAUCAGGGCCUCGCUGAGGAAAAGAAGGCGACUAUUAGCUCGCUUCAAACGCAAGACAAAGAGCUUGGGGCGGAGCUCGCGCAGCUGGUAUCUACGCACGAGCUCUUCGCCUUUUGGACUUCAGCCUUCGCCAAGCGGACGCGUCGAAUCUCAACAGCCGCCGGGUCGAGCAAAGCGAUCACGACCUUUCGCGAGCACGUGCUCAACCAGUCACUCGCCGAGCUCAACGCGCUUCUGCCCCAGAUCCUGGCCGUCCUCUACAACGAAACACGCCACAUGAACGCCCUAGCCACGGGCAUUCUCGGCGUCCUGUUUGAGAAAGACGGCAGCGGCGAGCCCCUGGAUGCAGCAAACACGGCAACGCCGAUGCUCGACAACACCCUUGCCGUGAACCCUGCCCUCGCGUAUGGCAAGCGGUCCAGCGGCGAGCGAAAGCGCAUGGACCUUGCCGUUUUCUUUGCGCUGCUCCAGGUGCGCCACGCCCGCAGCUUCCAUCGCGCCCACUACCUGCUGGUUGACGAGGUGUUCGACAGCCUCGACGAGGCGGGCCAGGCUGCCGUCGUACGCUGGUGCGCCUAUGCCGCCCGCCGAGUCGCCGGGCGGAUCAUCGUUAUCACACAUUCCCGUGUCCUGAUUGACCAGGCCGACCACUAUCUCAAGGAGGGGGAGUUGGGCUCGGUUGUAACAAUUCGCGCGGAUAUGAAGGAAAGCGGAACGGCGCUGACUUUUGGCACCGAGUAAUUGAAUAUUGCUUAGUAAUAAUUACAACCUCUCCCCCAUUUACUUGUCCACCCACUGGGGCAUUGUCGCUGUGCCGCCACGCUCACCACUAAAAAG